AUGCGUCUGACCAUUCCAAAGCGAGGCCCCUUCCCCUGGCUCGCGUCACUGAAAUCAGCCCAGCUACAGUGCGUUGCGCGCGCCACGGGCAUUCAAUCGUCUGGAACCAAUGGCGUGCUGGUUGAGAGAAUCCAAUCUACGCUUAGCCCAUACCUCCAAGGUCAAGAACCCAAGGGGAAAAUACCCCACAAUGGGACUGUGAACGGGGACCAGGCAAUGAGCAUCCUCAGCAUCGACAUGGGGAUCCAGAAUCUCGCGUUCGCUCAUCUCCGAGUCCCGUCUGCCUCGGACUCGAAAUCUACGCCGGAACUAACGGCGUGGCGCCGGCUGGCCAUGUCGGAGAUUGCAAGUCUGGAUUUGAGAUCCGGGGCUGCGGAAGCCGUUGUACAGAGCUCUACGAGUCCAAUGGAAAAGAAUGCAAAAGAGGCAAAGAAGGAGAAAGAAAAGGAAAUAUUCAGCCCACCUCUUUACGCAACAAAUGCCUACACUCUCGUUACCAAACUCCUAUCAACAUAUAACCCGACUCACAUCUUAAUCGAGCGUCAGCGUUUCCGCUCUGCUGGUGGCAGCGCAGUGCAAGAGUGGACGCUACGUGUUGGUGUGAUGGAGGGAAUGUUAUACGCCGUCUUGCACGCCCUUAGGCAAGAGCGCGGUGGCGAUGUAUCCAAGAUACAAGUUGAUGGAAUCGAGCCUAAGCGGGUAGUACAGUAUUGGAUUGAUCGGGAGAGGGGCGGAGAGAAGAUGAGUGCUAGGGAGGUGAAGAGGGCGAAGAUUGAGAUUGUGGGUGGGUGGUUGGGGCCGGGUCAUGGGGGGAAGAUCGGGAUUCCGGAGGAGGGUGUUGUGCGGGAUCUUGUGGAUGCGUACCUGGGGAAGGUUAACAAGGAGGGUGGCCGGGGUGGGAAGAGGAUUGAGGUGGGGAAGUUGGAUGAUUUGGCGGAUUGUCUUUUGCAGGGGGUUACGUGGUUGGAGUGGGAGGCGAUGAGAGCGAGGUUGGCUAGGGAGGGUUAUGGGGUUUUGGAGUGCUGA